AUGAAUGAAUUGAAGGCGGAUAUUUUGCAACUUGAAUCUAAAAUUAAAACUCUUAAAGAAUUUUUAAGAAAUGAACUAACAGUAUUGCAGGCUAACGAGGAAACUUUGUUAGAUACAGUGAAAGAAAAUGGGAAAGUAGAUAUUAUGAAAAAUGUUGGGAAUAAAAAAAAACAAGCGAAACGUUAUAACGAAAUUGUACCAAGUCCUGUUCGUGCCAUUAUUAAUUCUCCAUUUAAAUGUUCCGAAGUACACCAAUAUCAAAAUUUCCUGAAAAAUAGUAUAAACCGAUAUGGUGGCUGGAAUGAGUAUAAUCACAAUACAUUCGUUCAAAUUUGGAAGAAGUAUUAUAACGAAGUAACUGUUGAAACUAGCUCUAUUGAACAUUUGCCUCGUUUUGAAGAAUUUAAGUUUGAAAUCUUUCAAAACAUUCCAGGAACUAUGCCCGAAGAUAUUAUUUCUCAUAGUGAAUGGUAUCAUCAAUACAUGUUUCUUAAAAGUCAACAACAAAAUGCUAUUAAUAAAUGGCAAGAGAAUAAACGAAAAAUUAAAAAGCGGGAGGUUAAACCAGAAAAAGUAAAUUUAGCAGUCGUUUCUACACCACUAACGGAAAAACUAUGUAGAAGAAGCUUUAAAGAUCUGAAUAAAACAAAGAAUACCGACCAAUCUCAAAUCUUAACACCGGAUGGACUCAGUAUGGAUGAGCCUAAAAAAUCACAGUUGUAUUUAUUGCAGCCGACUAAACAAUGGCUAAAUAGAUGCCAAAGUAAUAAAGUGAUAUCGGAAAUAAAUUUAAAUAUUGAGACAAUAUCAAAAUUACAGGCACAGCAAAUGCAGCAUUAUUUGGGUAUUACCUAUAUUUAUGAUGUAAUGGCUAACUUAGCCCUUGAAAGGGGGGAGUAUGACAAAGCUAAACAACUAUUUGUGGCAGUUGCACAGAGAAUUAUGUCUGAUGGAGCUAGUGAAGAUGAUAUUCGUGUCAUACACAUAAGUGUUAAGUUAGCAAGGAUAAGUCAUAUGAUGAAAGAAUACACAACAGCCCAGCUAGGCUUUGAUUGGUGUUUGGAGAAACUUGGUAAUAUAUUAUCAAAAGAUCCUUCUGAGGCAAAUAAAAAGCUCAUAGCAAUGGCUGAAGAUUGGUAUGGUCGUUUAUUUAUAGAUUGUGGUAAACCUGAAUUAGGUUUGACUUAUAUGAAAAAUGCUUAUGACAAAAUGACAAAUAUCCCAGAUUUAGAACAAGAGCAUUUAGUGAUACAGUUAAAUGAUAUGGGUACUGUGUAUGACACAUUAGGUAAAGUUGAUGAGAGUAUAGAUUAUUUUACAAAAGCUAUAGAUCUUGGUAAGAAAAUUCCAGAUAUGCCUGAUUUAGGUGCAAUGUAUGUAAACUUAGGAAGAGCAUAUAUGAAGAAAAAUUUACUUGAUAUAGCUAGAAAGACUUGUGGAUUUGCAUGGAGACUUGGAGUUCAAGCAAAAAAUAAUGAUGUCAAACAAGAGGCAGAACUUUGUAUCAAAGAAAUAAAAAACUUGUCA